GAAGUUCCAGAAAGCCCUAAAAAGCUUCGUCCGGUUCCACUGUCCCAAUUUACAAUAGAAUCAGAAGGGACGUUUCCUUCUCCGGCAUUUCACAGCGCACUCCCACCCUUCUCCGUUUGUCUCCGGCAACGCCAAGUAGAAGAAGAUGUCGCUGCGAGUGUUGAAUCCAAAUGCGGAGGUGCUCAACAAAUCGGCGGCGCUGCACAUGAACAUCAACGCCGCCAAGGGCUUGCAGGACGUUCUCAAGACUAACCUCGGUCCCAAGGGCACCAUCAAGAUGCUUGUUGGUGGAGCCGGCGAUAUCAAGAUCACCAAGGAUGGCAACACUCUUUUAAAAGAAAUGCAAAUUCAAAAUCCAACAGCUAUCAUGAUUGCAAGGACUGCUGUUGCACAAGAUGACAUAAGUGGAGAUGGUACUACAUCAACUGUGAUCUUCAUUGGGGAGCUUAUGAAACAAUCAGAGCGGUACAUUGAUGAAGGGAUGCACCCACGGGUCCUGGUUGAUGGUUUUGAGAUUGCCAAAAGGGCUACACUCCAGUUCCUUGAAAAGUUUAAGACUCCUGUUGUGAUGGGAAAUGAACCUGACAAAGAAAUCCUGAAAAUGGUUGCAAGAACAACACUUCGAACUAAGUUAUACGAAGCAUUGGCUGAUCAGUUGACUGACAUAGUUGUUAAUGCGGUGCUCUGCAUCAGAAAACCUGAGGAACCUAUAGAUCUCUUUAUGGUGGAAAUUAUGCACAUGCGCCAUAAGUUUGAUGUUGACACACGUCUGGUUGAGGGUCUUGUCCUUGACCAUGGUUCUAGGCAUCCUGAUAUGAAGCGACGAGCAGAGAAUUGUUACAUUUUGACAUGCAAUGUGUCUUUGGAAUAUGAGAAAAGUGAAAUAAAUGCAGGCUUUUUCUACUCAAAUGCAGAGCAGAGAGAGGCAAUGGUUGCAGCUGAAAGGAGAUCUGUUGAUGAGAGAGUCCAAAAAAUUAUUGAUUUGAAAAAUGAGGUUUGUGCAGGCAAUGACAAUAAUUUUGUUGUUAUCAAUCAGAAGGGUAUUGAUCCACCUUCAUUGCAUCUGCUUCAACAGGCAGGGAUUGUUGCGCUUAGACGAGCAAAGAGAAGAAAUAUGGAAAGAUUGGUUUUGGCUUGUGGAGGAGAAGCUGUAAAUUCUGUUGACGAUUUAACACCUGAUUGUCUUGGGUGGGCUGGACUUGUCUAUGAGCAUGUCCUUGGGGAAGAAAGAUAUACUUUUGUGGAAAAUGUGAAGAAUCCUCAUUCUUGCACAAUUUUAAUCAAAGGCCCUAAUGACCAUACAAUUGCCCAAAUUAAGGAUGCUGUUCGUGAUGGACUCAGAGCAGUCAAGAAUACUAUUGAAGAUGAAGCUGUUGUGUUAGGUGCUGGAGCUUUUGAAGUUGCUGCCAGACAGUACUUGGUUAAUGAAGUGAAAAAAACCGUACAGGGGCGUGCUCAAUUGGGUGUUGAAGCUUUUGCUGAUGCCCUUCUAGUGGUGCCCAAGACACUUGCUGAGAACUCUGGGCUUGACACUCAGGAUGUGAUCAUUGGUCUAACGGGAGAGCACGACAGGGGUAAUGUUGUGGGAUUGAACCAUCACAAUGGGGAACCUCUUGAUCCCCAAAUGGAGGGUAUAUUUGACAACUACUCUGUGAAGCGCCAAAUUAUAAACUCAGGGCCUGUAAUCGCAUCACAGUUACUACUGGUAGAUGAAGUCAUCCGCGCUGGCCGCAACAUGCGGAAGCCAACUUAGUUCUGAUGACUUGCUCGGAUUAUUACCUUUUGGUAUAUGGAUGAUUCUGUUCUGUAUUAUGGCUGUGUUAUGGAUGGUAAAACUUGGGGGGUUGUGCUUGUGCUUGAAAUUUUUGAAGAGCGGGAAUCUCAAUUCCCGAGUGUUCAAUUAGUUUUCCGUUGAAAUGAACAUGUUUUUGCCAAUUCCGAUUAGGCCUUCGCAUUUCAUAUCAACCAUUGGUCCAUUGCUACAUAUUACCAG